AGAAAUCCCUUUAUUUAUGAAACCAGAACUUAUCCCUAUGACAGAUCCAUUAGAUUUUAUUAUGAUACCUGUUGAUCAAAAUAAAUCGUUUCAAUCUCGAAUUGGGAAUCCUUUUUUGGAGGAAACAGCAUCUAAUAUUGGGAAGUAAUAGAAAUUAAAUACGAAAGAAAAAUAGCACUAUUCGGAACAAAAUAUGAAAAUUUCAUAUGUUCUCUUUUCAGUAGUCAAUAUAGAUUUUAUUUUGAUGUUGAUAAUCAAUAUAUACUACGUAAAUUAUCCUUAUUGCAUACACCAAUUAUUUAUAGAGGGGAUUGGACAUUAAGUAUAAUUCAUUUGAUAUUCUAGGUAAUGAGACAUCAAGUGUUUCUAUAACCAAAAAUAUGCAUGCUCCUGAUCUCUAUUUACCUUUAAUGGGCUUGGUUACUUUAGUUUUAUUAUAAUGUUUAAAUAUUGGAAUAAACAAUGCUCCCUAAUAUAUUUCAAUAUAUAUGAUCAAUUCAUUUUGGAAAUGCCUCAUAAUUUCAUCCAUAGAGGUAGCUUUAAUGCGAAUUUUGUUUUUUUUAUUUGGCAAUUUAAAAGUGAGCAUUAUUGAUUUGGUUUCGAUUUCGAAUUACAGAUAUUGCAGGUAUUAUUAUAAUGAUUUUUAAGUCUAACCACUCUAUUCAUUUUUAAUCUAAUCACGUAUCAUAUAUUUUGGACAGUUGGAACAAUGUAUAUUUUGUUAAGUUAAGCUGUGUUUGUCUAUAAAUCAACAUAAAUUUGUAUUGAACAAUAAAUUCAAAGUACAUAUUUUUUCAUUAUUAAGAAUGUGAGAAUAGUUUUGAACCCACUUUAGCGUUAUUCUUAUCUUUAUUAUAAGUUGGGUGCUCAUGUUUAAUUUUUUACAUUUUAUGA